CACAAUCACCCUCAUCCAACACCUCCCCCAAGAUGAAGAAUCUCACCAUAGCCCUAAUGCUGAUAGCCACCACCUCCCUCCUCCUCCUCCUCCCCACCGCACGCGCCACCGGCGCGUGGGUCGAAACCAUCACCAAAGGCCACAAAAAACUAACAAAAUUCCACUUCUACGUCCACGACCCGGGCGCGGGCCCCAACGCCACGCUUUUCCGGGUCGCGAACGCCUCCAUCACCGACACCUCCCCCACGGUCUUCGGCCAGGUCAUGGUCUUCGACGACCGGGUCACGGCCGACCCUGACAUCAAAUCGGCCCAGGUCGCCCGGGCCCAGGGCACGGCCGCCUCGGCCGACCUCCAAAACCUGGCCGUCGCACUCACCAUGAACUUCCACAUCACCUCGGGGGAGUACAACGGGAGCACGGUCUGCAUUGCGGGCCGGAACCCGCUGCUCGCCCCGUCCAGGGAGGUGCCGGUGAUCGGGGGCACCGGCGCCUUCCGUUUCGCUAGGGGAUAUGCGAUUACGAGCACUUAUUCGAUGGAUUUGCCUGCGAGUUAUAUUGUUCUUGAAUAUACAAUUUAUGUGAUUACUUCUGAUCAUGAGAUUGUGUGGCCGAGCACUUGAAUUGAAUAAUUAAAGUGUGUUGUUGUGACAUCUUAUUUAUGUGUUGUUUGAGGUUUUAUGCAAAGUUUUAAUUAUUGUUUUUAUGAUUGUAAGAAACCGUUUAUGUUAUGAAUAAAAGUUUUUCACCGUUUGGAUGGUGUUUAUUGUUUA